GCCACCCUUAAUCCACACUUUGGCUUGCUUUAUCACCCUCUAUGUUUAUACGCAUGAACCCAUUUCUUUAUACAAUCCUGUCAUCUUAAUAUUCACACUUGUACUAGCCACUGCUUUUGCCUUUAUGACCCUGCCUCCUAAUUCAUCUCCCUCUCUCUCUAUAUAUAGUGCAUCAAGCUGCAACAGUUUCUCCUUGAGCAACAAAUAAUGGAAUCGAAAGAAGUUGAGUUCUCUUUCUCUUCUCCUCCCCUCUCCUCAACUAGAUGGUGGUGCAGGGACACGGUUGCUGUAGUCACCGGAGCCAACAAAGGCAUAGGAUUUGCGCUGGUGAAACGAUUUGCAGAGCUGGGGUUAACAGUGGUUUUGACCGCUAGAGAUGUAGAAAGAGGAAACAAAGCAGCCGAGUCACUCAGGGAGCAAGGGCUUCCUAACGUACACUUCUCUCCCCUUGAUGUUUCAAAGCCUGCUUCCAUCCAAACCUUUGUGUCUUGGCUGGAUACAACGUUUGGAGGGUUGGAUAUUCUUGUUAACAAUGCUGCUGUUUCGUUCAACGAGAUCGAUGAGAACUCGGCGGAGUACGCGGAGACUGUCAUCAAAACCAAUUUCUAUGGAGCCAAGUUACUCACUGAGUCACUCUUGCCCUUGUUUCGCUUUUCAACUUCCGUAAGCCGGAUACUUAACAUUAGCUCCAGGCUUGGCUCCAUAAACAAAGUGAGAGACCUUAAAAUAAAAGCAACUCUGCAAAAUGAGAGGCUAUCGGAGGAACAAAUAGAAGAGGUGGUGAAUUUGUUUCUUCAAAGUGUGAAGAAUGGAACAUGGCAAAGUGAAGGGUGGCCGAAGAUAUGGACGGACUACUCAGUUUCAAAGCUGGCACUGAAUGCUUAUUCUAGGGUUCUGGCCAAGCGGUUCCAAGGGAGUAGACUAAGCAUUAAUUGUUUUUGCCCUGGCUUCACUCAAACAUCCAUGACUCGGGGGCAGGGCACUCACACCCCAGACGAGGCCGCAGAGGUUGGCGCUAGGCUGGCCUUGCUUCCCCCUCACCACUUACCAACUGGACGAUUUUUUCUAGGAUUUGGACCUUAUAACAAAUCUAAACUAUAAAACAUAUAUCCGAUUUAUAUUUGAUUUACUGUUAAUGUAUAAAUUUUAUAUGUUA